AUGACAGACGGAAAGGACCCCUCAGUGUCUCUGUGCGAGGCCAUCGUAAAUGGCACGUUCCCGCAAUCAGAAGCCCUCCUGACCUCCGACCUCUCCUCCGAAACCAUUCCACAGCUGCUCCGUCAGAUUUCGGAGACUCGGCGGCAGAUCAGUGAGGAGAUCAGAGAUGCCAGCAAAGAUGAUUCUGGCGACGUGGGUCAAUGGAUUGUGCAAGCCCGGAAGGUCCAGGAGGACAUUGCAAGAUGCAAACUUGAGUCUAAACGCAUCGUCGAGGAGCAUCAGCAGCUCCAGGGCCUGAGGGACCAGGCUAUAGACUACCAGCGGAACGUGGUGCUCCUCGAAUCGGAAAUUGAGUUUACCGAAACUUUGAGAAGAGAAUUACGAAGUGUCUCUCUAGCAACACAGUCCUUGAGAGAGGUUGAAGAUGAUCUGAAGAAGCAAGAUCCAUGCGCAGCUGCCACGAAAUUGUGCGAGCUGAAUAAUACAACCGCAAGCAUAUUGAGAUCGCGUACUUCGACUCUCCUUCGAGACCUCAGGGAUGAGUUGUGUCUCAAAACCCGCGUCCAACUUGAAGCCAAAUUAUACAACCAGAUCACGGUGCGCAGAGAACAACAAAAGGCGAGCGUCGAGGUCCUACCAACCGAGCUUGAGGCGAACGCAAUCAACUCCGGUACCUUUAUACAUGCGUUGAACCAGCUAGGCAACUCACAAGAGUCCCUCGAGCUAUUAAUAGACAAGCUCAGAGCCUGUGUGCUUCAACCUCUCCGACAGUCCUCCCGAUUCAAAUUCGCCGCUUACGACGUGUCACAGCAUAGCGUCUGCAUUGAACUCGACAGAGAUGGCGCGCCGCUCGACUUGGUGGUUCAAUUUGUCCUCGACUUCAUCCGAUUCUUGCAUUCGUCACUGUCCAAGACGAUACAAUCUGUGACGGCCAAAGCCCUCUUACCUGAGUUGAUGACGAUUUUGGUAAACGAUUGGCUCAAUCCAGGUCUACCUACAGAUCUAUCGACUCUUGAUGGACUUGAUACAAUGCAACAGCAAGUGAGCCGGAUUUUGGAAGAAUUGAAAUCUCUUGGUUGGGAGGGGCAAACUCAGCUUGAGGAAUGGAACGACGACAUCCACCGGGCCUGGUUGAACAAGCGGAAGGCGGCGACCCUGGACGCAGUUCGAAACGCUUUCGCGUCGUCGAAAGGAGCUCUUCGGCAAGUGGAAAGGGUUGAAAGGCAGGUCAUAACAACCGCACGGGAAGAACCGAGUCAAAUCGAGGGUGAUGCAAAUGACUGGGAUGCAAGCUGGGGGGACGAAAAUAAAGAGGCCACAAAUAAAACGGACUCAACAAAGGGUGAAGACGAAGAAGAAGUUAGUGGCUGGGGAUUCGAUGAAGACGAGGAUGAAACCAACCACGACACUACUCAGACAGACCAAACACGCGGCGCUGACACGGAAACCCUAACAAGUCCUGAUGAAGAGGAAGAAGUGGAAGAAGCUUGGGGGUGGACUGACGACAGUCCGCGGGAGAAACGACACGAGUCAACGAGUGAAGCCCCUCCAACCCGUUUCAACGGGUCGAAGCAAGCAGAGGAAGUCGAGCAGGAAGUCACACUGACCGAAGUCUACAGCAUCACCGAGAUCCCAGACCACAUAAUCGAGGUCAUCGGGAGGGACUUGUCGGAUGCGGAAGCCAUCCAGCACGGGACCAAGCACAAGAGUCUGGAAUCGUCGGCGGCAUCGCGAGGCUUGCUGGCGCUGCCUACGCUGGCACUUGCCAUGUUCAGGGCCACGGCGCCAAGCUACUACGGCGCCUCGCCGACCUUGACAGAGAUUCACCGAUACAACGACUCGAUGUACAUUGCGGAGAGGCUUCGCGAACUGACGAGCAACGGCAUGCCACACGUCGAGGCGGACAUCAAGGCGAUGGAGAGGUUCGGGCGGCUAGCCUAUUCCAAGGAGAUGGAGACGCAGCGCCUCAUCAUUUGGGAUCUACUCGAGGGUGCGCAGGGGUUCGUGUCGUGUACUCAGCCCCCUUAUGCCCAGGAGAUCGAGAACGCCGUGUCUGCCGUCGUCGAUCGUAUCCGCACGCUCUACCGCGAUUGGAAGCCGGUCCUGUCGACCUCGGCGCUCAUGCAGAGCCUUGGGUCUCUGCUCACCAUGGUCAUCGCCAAGAUCAUUUCUUCCAUCGAGGACAUGGACGACAUCUCCGAGCCCGAGUCUCAGCGCCUGACCGCGUUGUGCCAGCAGAUCGCAUCUCUCGACGACCUGUUUCUCUCCACCCCGCCCAUCGCCAGCCGGCGUGACCCAUCACAGGGACCGCACGAGCCUGACCUCGACCUCGACUCUGAGCCGGGACCUCCUCAGGAGCCGGUGCCCAUGACCGCCGUCUACGUCGCCAACUGGCUGCGCUUCCAGUAUUUGAUCAACAUCCUCGAGAGCUCGCUCGUCGACAUCAAGUACCUAUGGACCGAGGGCGAGCUGAGUCUCGAGUUCAGCGACGACGAGGUCGUCGACCUGAUCAAGGCCCUGUUUGCCGAGAGCACCCACAGAAGGAGUGCCAUUGCGGCUAUUAGAGGCUCGAGGCAGUCACGGUAG